AGUUUACCGAGGCACUAUUUUCGGAAGUUCACUUGUCAGGUCUUCGGCCGGCGGGAGUUGCCGGUAACGUCCAAAACAUCGCUGACACCGCGGUUCAUCAAUCGUGUUGAUUCUCAUCGAGAGCCCAACGACAAGCCCAUUCGUAAGAGCACCUCACGUCAUUUUGAUAAUUGAAAGAAGUCGAUCUGUCCGACAAUCGUGAUUAAUUUCUCAUCAACAGUGCGCCGAUAGCCACUAUCGAUUGAUUCUCGGGUAGUUGCGUACAGAGAGUUGGAAACUGUUGCCAAGUGCCCGAAUUAUUAAUCGGAAAUCGUUGGAAGAUGUAUCAUCACGAGAGGGAUCAUGGACGAGGAGGACGAGGCGGGGGGAAUCAGAGAGGUCCUCGUGACAUGAAAUACGAGGGUAAACACGAUAAUCACAGGUUCGGGGGGAACAGAGGGGGAAUGAGAGGUAAACAGCCUGGUAGUGCCUUGAAGAAGUUGCAGUGGGAUGUCAGGUCUCUCCAGCCCAUCAAGAAGGACUUCUAUGUCGAGCAUCCAGCGGUCAAACACAGGUCUCCGGAGGAAGUCAACAAGUUUCGUCAAGCAAAUGAGAUCACUGUGAUGGGAAAAGAAGUGCCAAAUCCCAUUCAGCAUUUUGAGGAAGGGAAUUUUCCACCGUACGUCAUGCAGGGGAUAAAAAGACAGGGGUAUCUUCACCCCACGGCCAUUCAGGCUCAAGGAUGGCCUGUUGCACUCAGUGGAAAAGAUCUUGUUGCUAUUGCUCAGACUGGCUCGGGGAAAACACUUGGAUACAUCCUCCCUGCAAUUGUUCACCUGAUCAACCAACCCCGGCCAGGUCCAGGGGAGGGUCCAGUGGCCCUGAUCCUAGCACCAACCCGAGAGCUGGCGCAACAGAUUCAAGAAGUUGCCAAUUACUUCGGUGAGACGGCAUCAGUCAGAAACACUUGUAUUUUCGGUGGAGCUCCCAAAGGACCUCAGGCCCAAGACCUCGAGCGUGGGGUGGAGAUUUGCAUUGCGACCCCAGGUCGUCUGAUAGACUUCCUCGAGAAAGGCACGACAAAUCUCCAGCGAUGCACUUAUCUGGUCCUCGAUGAAGCUGACAGAAUGCUGGACAUGGGAUUUGAGCCCCAAAUUCGCAAGAUUAUCGAGCAGAUUCGCCCUGAUCGUCAGAUUCUCAUGUGGUCUGCCACGUGGCCAAAGGAGGUUCGAUCACUGGCUGAAGACUUUCUGAAUAAUUACACACAGCUGAACAUCGGGUCGUUGUCUCUCUCAGCUAAUCACAACAUCAUUCAGAUCGUCGACGUCUGUCAGGAAUUCGAGAAAGACUUCAAAUUACAGAGACUCCUGCAGGAGAUUGGAACUGAGAAGGAGAACAAGACCAUUAUAUUCGUCGAGACCAAGAGAAAAGUCGACGAUAUCACGAGGAAUAUCAGACGCGAUGGGUGGCAGGCAUUGAGUAUCCAUGGGGAUAAGAAUCAACAGGAGAGGGAUCAUGUUUUACAGGAGUUCAGGAGUGGGAGGACACCGAUUCUGGUUGCUACUGAUGUUGCUGCUAGGGGUUUAGAUGUCGAUGACGUUAAAUACGUCAUCAACUUUGAUUUCCCAUCGUCGUCCGAGGAUUACAUUCACAGAAUUGGAAGGACUGGACGUCGAAGACAGACAGGAACAGCAUAUGCAUUUUUUACGAGUCAGAAUAUGAAGCACGCAGGUGAUUUGAUCGAGGUGCUGAGGGAAGCUGGACAGAGUAUCAAUCCGAGACUGAGUGAGAUGGCUGAGAUGGCUAAAUCUGGUGGUUUUGCACGAGGCCCAAAACGUUUCAAUUCCUCCGCAAAUGGUGCAGAACGUCCAUUGAAACGUCCAGCCCCUAAUGACUCCAGAAUACAAGGAAAUGCCAUUCGACCUCGACCAGGCCCUGCUCGAGGUGGAAUGCCCUACCACUCAAACAUGAAACCCUAUCCUCCAUCAAACUAUCCAGUCAAGUCCGCGGGUGGGCACAAUCCUGGCUAUGGCUACAAUCCCCAGAGAAAUUACAUGCAGAGCAACAAUAUCCAGGGUUACAACGGAGGAGCCAAUUUUUAUGGAAAUAAUUCACAAUAUUAAUGUGGAGUGUUGAGACUUCUAAGUAUUUCUUACAUUUCGAAAAUGAACGUUGUAUCUUUAUUCGGUAUGUGGGGAGGGUUCGUUGUAGAUUCGAUGCACAAUUCGAGUUGAAUCAAUAAUUUGUUGAUUUGGUAUUAUUUUAUUUUUCAUUAUUAUAGUUUUACGUAUGUGAUCUCGAGGAUGAUUUCAGUAUAUUUUCGUUAAAAAAAACGUUAGGAAUAGAUGGGUGGAACUAUCAUUUAGCAAGAGACCAGAAGGAUUUGCUAGUCAUCAUUCUAUUAGUUGUUUUACGAGAUCAUUCUUUAAUUAGAAAGAGUUUAAAUUAAUUCGUAAAUCGUCAUUUUUAUUUUCUCCAAAUACGAAUUAAACACUUCUGUGAUUUCAGUAUAGACUAUUCAGUUUGUUAAACAAAAUAUAAAGACUCAAUGUAUGACAAAAUAUGGAAAGUUGAGGUCUUCUGUAGAUUUGAUUAAUUUACUCAUGAAUAAAAACACUUGAAAAAAUAAA